AUGUCUCUGGCUUUAUAAAUUAACUCGCAGUCGCAUACGCAGGACACAAGUCAGUCAACAGUUGCAUCUUCCGGUUGCAAAAACACCUUCGAACAAUGUCUGCUGCGACUGCUAAACAAAGCCGAAAUCAUGUCACACUUAUGGACCCGUCGGAGCACCUGCGACCCGAGCCGGUAUAUGAUGGAAAACUGCAGAGAGAAUUUCGAAAUUUCGACGAAGAUUCCGAGGAUCCUGUCAAGGAACGCGUUCGCAAAACAUACGAAGCAAUGCACACCAAUCAAACUGUCGAGUUUGUGAGAUCGCGCAUGAAGAAUUGGCUUCAAUUCGACAAGUUUAAAAUGACGGUGAAAGACGCUCUGCUCAAAUUGAACAAUCUCGUGGACGAAAGCGAUCCCGACACCAAUAUGCCGAACAUAGUUCACGCAUUUCAAACCGCAGAAUCCAUCAGAGAGGCUCAUCCAGAUUUGGACUGGUUCCAUCUCACCGGUCUGAUUCACGAUCUUGGCAAGGUGAUGGCGUUUUACGGAGAACCCCAAUGGGCCGUGGUUGGUGACACGUUCCCCGUCGGUUGCGCUUGGGGUGACUCCAUCGUGUACAGAUCAACGAGUUUUGACAACAAUCCCGACGGCAAGGAUUCGCGUUACAAUACAAAGUAUGGCAUGUACAAACCCAAGUGCGGAAUAUCCAAUUUAAUAAUGUCAUGGGGACACGACGAGUAUCUGUACCGAGUAUUGAUACACAACAAAACCAAAUUACCGAAGGAAGCUCUGACUAUGAUCCGCUAUCACUCUUUCUACCCGUGGCACGCCGGCGGCGACUACAUGCACUUUUGCACUCCGGAGGACAUGGAGAUGCUGAAAUGGAUCGUGAAAUUCAAUAAAUUCGAUCUUUACACUAAAAAUGGCAAGAUUCCCGAUAUCGAGAAAUUAUGGCCUUACUACGAGAAAUUGAUCGACAAGUACAUCCCUGGCACGAUCGAAUGGUGAUCAGUUACCUUUUCUUGUAACAAGACUAUAUAUAUAUAUAUUGACAAUAAUUUAUAAUUUAUAUGACAGCUGUAAGAAAAUAACUUUGUACCGUAAAGAAUAUUUGUAAUUUUAUUCUUUGUGUAAAUUUAUAGAUUUGUGCAAUUUCAUUCUGUAAAUUUACAGAUUUUUUGUAAAUUAAACUAUUUUGAAGAUUC